AUGGCGAUCGUGCACCAGAUCUCCUACCAGGACUCCAACUACAGGCGCUCUAUUCCAGCUGAAGAGCGCCUGUCCAUCUGUCUGCGGUUUCUUGCCACUGGGGACUCCUACAGGACCAUUGCGGGGAGCUUCAGAGCGGGCAUAUCCACCGUCUCCAUGCUCAUCCCAGAUGUGAUCCAGCGAUGGAGGCAUCGUGUCCAACUCUGCCUUUGGUAA